AAAUUGGCCCAGUGACCAUAACCACAGAUCCCAAGAAAUUUCAGUUUGAACUCAGGGAACUUUAUGUUCAGGGUGGUGGAGACUGUCCAGAGAUGAGCAUUGGGGCAAUAAAGAUUGCUCUAGAAAUUUCCCUGCCUGGUUCUUUCAUCUAUGUGUUUACUGAUGCUCGAUCCAAGGAUUACAGACUAACCCAUGAAGUGCUUCAACUCAUCCAGCAGAAACAGUCACAGGUGGUAUUUGUGCUGACUGGAGACUGUGAUGACAGGGAUCAUAUUGGUUACAAGGUCUACGAAGAAAUUGCCUCCACGAGUUCUGGUCAAGUUUUUCACUUGGACAAAAAACAAGUUAAUGAGGUGUUAAAAUGGGUUGAAGAAGCAGUUCAGGCCUCCAAAGUGCAUCUCUUGUCUACAGACCAUCUGACCAUGGCUGUGAAUACUUGGCAGAUCCCUUUUGAUCCGAGUCUGAAAGAGGUUACAGUGUCCCUGAGUGGUCCCUCACCAGCAAUUGAGAUUCAUGAUCCUUUAGGCAAGCAGCUCAGUAAAGGAUCAGGUCUGAAUGAAUUGCUAAAUAUCCACAACUCUGCAAAGGUAGUAAAUGUCAAAGAUCCUGAGCCUGGAACGUGGACAAUUAAGACCUCGAGCAGUGGAAGACACUCCGUCCGGAUCACAGGGCUCAGCACCAUUGACUUCCGCGCUGGGUUCUCCAGGAAGCCAACGCUGGACUUCAAAAAAACAUCCAGCAGACCUGUGCAAGGGAUUCCUACCUUCGUGCUGCUGAAUACCACGGGGAUCCUGCUUCCUGCUAGGGUAGACCAACUGGAGCUUCUGAGUAUUACAGGGGAACUUCUGAAGACCUUGCCUGUGAAAUACUAUCCCGACAGAAAACCCUAUGGACUGUGGAAUAUUUCUCACUUCAUUCCACCAGAUGAAGCUUUUUUUGUUAAAAUAACAGGCUAUGACAAGGAUGAUUAUCUCUUCCAGAGAGUUUCAAGUGUUUCAUUUUCCAGCAUUACUCCUGAUGCUCCAAAAGUGACAAUGCCCAUCAAGACUCCAGGCUAUUAUUUGCAGCCAGGCUCUGUUCCUUGCCAUGUGGAAAGCCUGAUACCUUUUACUCAGCGUUUUACUAAAAAUGGGGUAAAACUAGGAGUGGAUCAGUUCUUCAAAGAGUCAUCCAGUAUGAGCUGGGAGAUUGCCCAGGUCUCCUUGGCUGACGAAGGCUUUUAUGAGUGCAUGGCGAGCAGCAGCGCCGGGACGGGGCGAGCACAGACCUUUCUGGAUGUCUCAGAGCCUCCUCCUGUGAUUGAGGUUCCCAACAAUGUCACAGUCGUGCCUGGGGAAGGAGCCAUCCUGACCUGCCUGGCCCUGAGCUCGGUGCGCUACAACCUGACGUGGCAGCGGCAGGGGCGGGACGCCAGGGUGGGGGGGCCGCUGCGGGUGAGGGUGAUGAGUAACCUGUCUCUGGAGGUGAAGGCUGUCAGGCUGACAGAUGCUGGAAGGUACGACUGCAUCGCUGCUAACGAGGGUGGAUCCACCACGGCCUCAGUCUUCCUCACCGUGCAAGAGCCACCUAGGCUUGUCAUUUCACCUAAGAAUCAGACUUUCACGGAAGGCUCUGAAGUGUCCAUCAGGUGUUCUGCAACAGGUUAUCCCAAGCCAAGAGUUGUGUGGACACACAAUGACAUGUUCAUCAUUGGUUCAAACAGGUAUAGAUUGGCCCCUGAAGGCACCUUAACCAUAAGAAAGGCAAUUCCCAAAGAUGCAGGAAUUUAUGGCUGCUUGGCCAGUAACUCAGCUGGGACAGAGAAACAGACAUCCACCCUCACCUACAUCGAGGGCCCAACACUGACUGUAGUUCAGAGUGAAAUUCUGGUUGGUCUUGGAGACACAACAGUUAUGGAGUGUAAAACAACUGGCAUCCCACCCCCUCAAGUGAAAUGGUUUAAAGGUGACUUAGAGUUGAGGGCAUCAGCAUUUCUCAUUAUUGAUACUCAUCGGGGCCUUCUGAAGAUCCAGGAAACACAAGACCUGGAUGCUGGUGACUAUACCUGUGUGGCUGCCAACGAUGCAGGGAGAGCUUCUGGCAAGAUAACUCUAGAUGUUGGCUCUCCCCCAGUUUUCACACAGGAGCCCAGCGAUGAGUCUGCAGAUCUUGGCUCCAACCUCACCCUGCCAUGCUACGUGCAGGGCUACCCAGAGCCCAAGGUCAAGUGGCGGCGGCUGAACGGAGCUUCUCUCUUCUCCAGGCCGUUCGCCGUCAGUUCCGUCACACAGCUCAGGACAGGAGCACUGUCUAUUCACAAUUUGUGGGUCAGUGAUGAAGGGACUUAUGUCUGUGAAGCUGAGAACCAGUUUGGAAGGAUUCAGUCCCGGCCGGCCACGGUCACAGUGACUGGCCUGGUCACACCUUUGAUUGGAGCAAGCCCAGCCACGGCCAAUGUCAUUGAGGGCCAGCAGCUCUCUCUGCCAUGUGUUCUGCUCGCUGGGAAUCCCAUUCCAGACCGGAGAUGGAUUAAAAACCGUAUGGUGCUGGUUCCCAAUCCCUAUGUCAGUGUCCGUGGUGAUGGGAGCCUGCACCUGGAAAGGGUUCGGCUGCAGGAUGGAGGGGAUUACACCUGCAUGGCCACCAAUGUGGCUGGGACCAGCAACAGAACCACCACUGUGAAUGUCUAUGUUCUGCCUGUCAUUCAGCAUGGACAGCAGAUAUUCAGCACCAUUGAAGGGAUCCCAGUAACACUGCCCUGCAAAGCUAGUGGAGUUCCCAAGCCAACCAUUGUCUGGUCCAAGAAAGGAGAAGUCAUUCUUGCCAGCAAUGUGAAGUUCUCUGCAGGGUCAGAUGGAAGCCUGUAUGUGGUUUCCCCAGGGGGUGAAGAGACUGGGGAAUAUGCAUGUACUGCAACCAACGCUGCUGGCUACGCCACCCGCAAAGUCCAGCUGACUGUCUACGUGAAACCUAGAGUGUCCAGGCCUGGAGACCAGCAAGGACAUGAUAAACCCAUAGAGAUCUCAGUAAUUGCAGGGGAAGAUGUCACACUUCCAUGUGAAGUGAAGAGCCUCCCACCCCCCAUAAUUACUUGGGCCAAAGAAAUGCAGCUCAUAUCUCCGUUCUCUCCAAGACACACUUUCCUACCCUCAGGGUCAAUGAAGAUCAGUGAGACCCAAGUUUCAGACAGUGGAAUGUAUAUCUGUGUCGCCACAAAUAUCGCUGGGAAUGUGACUCAGUCAGUGAAACUGAGUGUGCAUGUUCCUCCCAAGAUCCAGCGUGGACCUCGAGUGCUGAAGGUCCAGGCUGGGCAGCGAGCGGAGUUGCCCUGCAGUGCCCAGGGCAUCCCUGCCCCGUCAGUCUCCUGGUUCAAAGGCAGGAGUGCUGUGCCCAUAGGUGGUGGGCAGUUCUCCCAGGGCCUGGAUGGAGCUCUCAGCAUCAGCAGUGUGCAGCUCCCUGACGCUGGGGUCUACAAGUGUGUGGCUCGGAACGCCGCGGGCAGCGACGCCGCGGAGAUAACAGUGCAAGUGCAAGAGUCUCCCACAAUUGAGGGCCUGGACCCUCCAUACAACAGUCCCUUCCAAGAAAGAGUGGCAAACCAGCGCAUCGCGUUCCCCUGUCCUGCCAAAGGUACUCCGAAGCCUGUCAUCAAGUGGCUGCACAAUGGCAGAGAGCUGACAGGCAGUGAGCCAGGGGUCUCAGUGCUGGAGGAUGGGACACUGCUGGUCAUCGCUGCUGUCACACCUGCAGACAAUGGGGAGUAUGUCUGUGUGGCAACCAACGAGGCUGGGAGCACAGAAAGGAAGUACAACCUGAAAGUUCAUGUUCCUCCUGACAUUAGAGACCAAGAAAAGGUGACAAAUACAUCUGUGGUGGUUCAUCACCCUGUCAGUCUCUUCUGUGAAGUAACUGGUAACCCCUUCCCAGUCAUCUCCUGGUAUAAAGAAGAUACCCAGGUUGUGGAAAGCAGUGCUCUCCAGAUUUUGCACAAUGGGAAGAUCCUGAAGCUCCUGAAAGCUGCUACUGAGGAUGCUGGACAAUACUCCUGCAAAGCCAUAAAUGUAGCAGGAAGUUCUGAGAAGCUGUUUAACCUAGAUAUACUAGUUCCACCCAGCAUAAUAGGUGCUGAGAGCCCUGGUGAGAUUACAGUCGUCCUCAACCAGGAAAUCAGUCUGGAAUGCAGAGCCAAAGGUUUCCCUUUCCCUGACGUUCACUGGUUCAAAGAUGGCAAGCCCUUGUUUUUGGGUGAUCCCAAUGUUGAGCUUCUGGACAAAGGUCAAGUUCUCCACAUCAAGAAUGCUCGAAGGGUUGACAAAGGUCGUUACCAGUGCAGUGCCACCAACACUGCUGGCAAGCAAGUUAAGGAGGUCAAGCUGAUUGUCCAUGUCCCUCCUAGUAUUAAGGGAGGAAAUCUGACCACAGAGGUGUCGGCGCUUCUCAACAACCUUAUAAACCUGGAGUGUGAGGCCAAGGGAAUCCCUGUGCCCACCAUCACCUGGUUCAAGGAUGGGCACCCUGUCUCCUCCAGCCCCCAGGCUGUGUACGUGGAGCGGGGGCAGUUCCUGCGGAUCCCGCGGGCGCAGGCGUCGGACUCUGCCAGGUACACGUGCCGUGUGAGCAGUGCUGCUGGGGCUGCUGAGAAGGUGUACGACGUGGAUGUGUACGUUCCUCCAGUAAUCGAGGGCGACGCUGACACAGCCCAGAGCAGGCAGGUGGUUGCUGGGAAUUCACUGACCUUGGAGUGUAAGGCUGCUGGCAACCCUCCCCCUCUCCUCACCUGGCUGAAAGAUGGGGUUCCUGUGGAAGCAAGUGACAGGCUUCGUGUUCUGGCUGGUGGGAAGAAGCUGGAGAUCCUGAACGUUGUCGAGGCUGACCGAGGCCAGUAUUGGUGUGUGGCCACAAGCAUAGCUGGAGAACAAGAAAUCAAGUAUGAAGUUGAAAUCUUAGUCCCACCCUUCGUGGAUGGUGGAGAUGAGCUCUUGGACUACAUUGUGGUUCUCCAUAGCCCUUUGGAGCUGGAUUGCUCAGCAGCAGGGACACCCUCACCAACUAUCACGUGGUUGAAAGAUGGCCAACCAGUUGAAGAGGGAGCUGGACACAAGAUCUUAUUGAAUGGACAAAAGCUCCUCAUCUCUCAAGCUCUAGUGUCAGACACUGGUCACUAUAAAUGUGUGGCAGCAAACAAGGCAGGAGAACAUGGGAAGGAAUUUGAUGUCACAGUGCAUGUUCCUCCAACCAUCAAGUCAACUGGGCCUUCUGAGAGAGCUGUUGUGAUCCACAAGCCUGUGAUGCUGCAGUGCAUAGCCAGUGGCAUUCCCAGCCCUUCCAUAACCUGGUUAAAAGAUGGACAACCAGUAAAUACAGCCAGAGGAAAUAUCAGACUGGAGUCUUCAGGCCGUGUUCUGCAGGUUGGCCAGGCCCUGCUGGAAGAUGCUGGCCAGUACACUUGUGUGGCAACAAAUGCUGCAGGAGAAGCCCAACAGCACGUUCGGCUUCACGUGCAUGAACCACCCAGACUGGAAGAUGAAGGAAAAAUGUUAAAUGAAACUGUGGUGGUGAAUAAUCCAAUCCAUCUUGAGUGCAGAGCAUCUGGGAACCCUCUGCCAGCUAUCUCGUGGUACAAGGACAACCAUCCCAUGGGCAGUGCUGGCAGUGCCCCCGUGCUGGGCCGGGGGCAGGUCCUGCAGCUCGAGGCAGCUCAGAUCUCCGACACGGGCGUUUACAGGUGUGUGGCUGCCAACUCGGCGGGCACGGCCCAGCUCUCCUACAGCCUCCAGGUUCAUGUGCCCCCAUCGAUCUCUGGCAGCAGUGACAUGGUGACAGUGGUGGUGAACAAUCUGGUGCGACUGGAGUGUGAAGCCAGAGGCAUCCCUGCCCCCAUCCUGACAUGGCUAAAGGAUGGCAGCCCUGUGUCCAGCUUCAGCAAUGGACUCCAGGUUCUGUCUGGGGGCAGAGUCCUGGCCCUGCCCAGUGCUCAGAUCAGUGACACAGGGAGGUACACGUGUGUCGCAGUCAACGCCGCGGGCGAGAGCCAGAGAGACAUCGACCUCCGCGUCUAUGUUCCCCCAGACAUCAUGGGAGAGGAGCAGAACGUCUCGGUGCUCGUCGGCCAGGCCGUGGAGCUGCUGUGCCAGAGCAAUGCCAUUCCCCGCCCCGUGCUGACCUGGCUCAAGGAUGGGCAGCCCCUGCUGAAGAAGCCAGGGCUGAGCAUCUCUGGUGAUGGGAGUGUGCUGAAGGUUGAAGGAGCUCAGGUGCAGGACACUGGCCGCUACACCUGUGAGGCAACCAAUGUGGCUGGGAAAACUGAGAAGAACUAUAAUGUCAAUAUUUGGGUGUCACCAAGUAUUUAUGGCUCAGAUGACAGCUCCCAACUGACAGUGACUGAAGGGAACUUGAUAAGCCUGAUCUGUGAGUCCAGUGGCAUCCCACCACCCAGUCUCACCUGGAAAAAGAACGGCUCUGCUCUGGUGGCUGACCCGUCGGGGCGGGUGCGACUCCUGUCUGGGGGCAGACAGCUGCAGAUCUCAGUUGCUGAGAAAUCUGAUGCUGCAUCUUACACCUGUGUUGCUUCAAACGUGGCUGGAAGUGCCAGCAAAGAAUACAGCUUGCAAGUGUACAUUCGACCGUCUAUAUCGAACAGUGGCUCCCACCCAUCAGAAGUCAUUGUCACCCAGGGAAGUGAAGUGUCCUUGGAGUGCGAGGCACAGGGCAUUCCAGAGCCAGCAGUGACCUGGAUGAAGGAUGGACAUGCACUGGCCAGUGGAAGGGAUGUGUCAGUACUUCAGGGUGGUCACAUUCUCCAGCUGAAACGUGCCCAGGUGUCGGACACCGGUCGCUACGUCUGCGUGGCUGCUAACCUGGCUGGGCUGUCUGACAGGAAAUAUGACUUACAUGUUCAUGUGCCCCCAAGUAUUGCUGGUUACCUGCAGAUGCCUGAAAACAUCAGCAUUGUGGAGAAGAACCCCAUCUCUCUGGUUUGUGAAGCUUCAGGGAUUCCCUUGCCAGCAAUAACGUGGCUCAGGAAUGGAUGGCCUGUCACUCUGAACAACUCGGUGCGAAUCCUCUCAGGUGGCCGAACGCUGCGGUUGACACACACGAGUGUGGGGGACACAGGUCGAUACACCUGUGUGGUGACCAAUGCUGCAGGAGAAGUGAGGAAGGAUUUUGACCUUUCUGUCCUUGUGCCCCCAGGGAUUGUGGGGGAAAACAGACUGGAGGAUGUGAAAGUGAAAGAGAAGCACAGCGUUACCCUGGUGUGUGAAGUGAUAGGAACCCCUGUGCCACAGAUCACCUGGGUGAAGGAUGGGCAGACUCUGGCUGAGGAUGGGGAUCACAGGCUGCUGUCCAGUGGCCGUUCCCUGCAGGUCACCCACGCUCGGGUCACGGACACGGGGCGAUACACGUGUGUCGCGUCCAACGCGGCCGGCGAGAGGAGCAAAACUUACAGCCUCAACGUCCUCGUGGCUCCAAGCAUCGUGGGUGCAGACAGCCAUGGGAAUGCAGAAGAUGUCACUGUUAUCCUCAACAGCCCAACCUCACUGGUCUGUGAGGCUUACUCAUACCCUCCAGCUACCAUCACCUGGCUGAAGGAUGGGAAUCCCUUGGAAUCAAACAGAAACAUUCGCAUUUUGCCAGGUGGGAGAACUCUGCAGAUCCUGAAUGCCCAGGAGGACAAUGCUGGCAGAUACACCUGUAUAGCCACAAAUGAGGCUGGAGAAACUUUGAAGCACUAUGAAGUGAAAGUCUACAUUCCCCCCACCAUUGCCAGAGGGGAUGUCUCAGGGACUGGUCUCUCCCCUAAGGAAGUGAAGAUCAAACUGACCCGUGAGUGUGAAGCUCAUGCCAUUCCGGCUGCUGCCAUCAGCUGGUUCAAGGAUGGACAGCCAUUUAAAGCAGACAAUCAUGUCCUGAUCCAAGCUGGUGGCCGUGCUCUGCACAUUAAGGAGGCUCAAGUGUCAGACACUGGUCGUUACACUUGUUUGGCAUCCAACAUUGCUGGAGAGGAUGAGCUGGAGUUUGAUGUAAAUAUACAAGUUCCUCCCAGUUUCCAAAAGCCUUACAGAGAUUGGGAAGCUGGGAACACAGUGGAUGCAGGAAGAGGUGGAGAAAGUAAAGAUGUGAUUGUCAACAAUCCCCUGUCCCUGUACUGUGAGACCAAUGCUGUUCCUCCUCCUGUGCUUACGUGGUACAAGGAUGGUUAUCCCCUGAGCUCCAGUGACAGGGUGCUCAUCCUGCCAGGAGGCAGAGUGCUGCAGAUCGCCCGGGCGCAGGCGGAGGACGCCGGGACGUACACGUGUGUGGCAGUCAAUGAGGCUGGGCAGGAUUCCAUCCAGUACCAUGUCUGCGUGCUCUUGCCGCCGUCCAUCAGCGGCGCCGAGCGCGACCUGCCCGAGGAGGUGACCGUGCUGCUGGGACAGGUCUCAGCCAUGGACUGUGUGGCAAGUGGGAACCCUUCCCCUGGCAUCACCUGGCACAAGGAUGGACAGCUCCUGGCAGAAGAUGACAAACACACCUUUUUGUCGAACGGAAGGAGGUUACAGAUACUGAAUUCCCAAAUAACAGACACUGGCAGGUAUGUCUGCAUUGCAGAAAACACAGUUGGAAGUGCCAAGAAGUAUUUUAACCUAAAUGUUCAUG